UCAGCCUGGAGGUCUGGCUUCUCAGUCAACAUGAAGGCUCUCCUUAUUCCGGGGCUUCUUCUCCUUUCGGUCGCUGUCCAAGGCAAGGUCUUUGAGAGAUGUGAGCUUGCCAGAACUCUGAAAAGAUUUGGAAUGGAUGGCUUUAGGGGAAUCAGCCUGGCAAACUGGAUGUGUUUGGCCAGAUGGGAAAGCAGUUAUAACACACAAGCUACAAACUACAAUAGUGGAGACAGAAGCACUGAUUAUGGGAUAUUUCAAAUCAAUAGCCACUGGUGGUGUAAUGAUGGCAAAACCCCAGGAGCAGUUAAUGCCUGUCAUAUACCCUGCAGCGCUUUGCUGCAAGAUGACAUCACUCAAGCUGUAGCAUGUGCAAAGAGGGUUGUCAGUGAUCCACAAGGCAUUAGAGCAUGGGUGGCAUGGAGAAGUCAUUGUCAAAACCAAGAUCUCACCAGUUACAUUCAGGGUUGUGGAGUGUAACGCUGGAGUUUUUACUUCAACCCAUUUUGUCUCU